AUGAAGGCCCAUGUGCUUGUAGGGCUGACCAUGGUGGGCUUUGCAGUGGGAAAGGCUCCGUUGCUGAGAUGUCCGUCCCGCCACUUGUGCCUCUCGGAGGACCCUUUGUGGGGCUGCAUUUCUGGCUCAGAAAAGUGCACCAUCAGCAGUUCAUCCCAAUCAUGGUUAUUACCGUCUACCAAUGUUAAGGUUCGCUUCCAUGUAUGAGGCUAUGAACAGUAUAAUUCCACCUACCCCUGCAAAGAAAAAUGCAUCACCUGCUAUAAGGCUGACUGCUGCCAGUACAAUUACUGCAACUCCUGGUCCAGUACCCAGCUCUAGAGCACUCUGCGGCCCCUGUCUGGUUCCCAGACAGACGGGUUCUACUAGGCCCUGAACCUCUCCUUGUCCCUGCCUGGCUUCCAUGCUCAUAAGGCGCCUGAGAGCCCAGACCCGUUCACCCUGCUCCUGUAGCUGGGUGUGUCCAUAGCCAUCCUGCACCAAAUGUGCUUGUUCCUCAACAGUUCAGGACUUCCUGUUCUUCCUCAGACAAGACCCGGACGAUGGCACCUGGGUUCGGGUGCUGGCUUGUCUUUCCUCCUGUCCAAGAACCUUGAGUAUGGCUUCUGCUCGGGCUGA